AUGACAUCAGAACAAUCAGUACAAUUAAAUUCAAAUGAUUCAAAUUUAAUUGAAAUUGAAAAUAUAAAUAAUAAUAUAGAUAAUAUUGAUGAUAAUGUUGAUAAACCACUUUUAAAUUAUAAUUCAGAUAAUAGUAAUAAUAAUUCAGAAAAUAAAUAUAUAGAUAUUGAAGAAUCAUAUGUAACAUGUAAAGUAGAGCAAAUCAGUUUAAAUGAAAUUUCUGAAAAACAAUUACAAAUAGAAUCUGAAAUAAAAGAAGAGGAAGAAAAGGAAAAUGGUCAAUAUAAUCAAGCCUCUGGAGAAAUAAAAGAAAAUGAAGAAACAAGAGAAUUAAAUCAAUUUAACGAAAGCAAUGUUAACUUUUUAGAGGUUUUAAAACAAGAAUUAGUAAAUUUUAUAUUUUUACAAGUCGGAGCAUUAGAUAUGCCAUCAUUAAUAGGGGUCAACAGGCAAUGUUAUAAAAUUGGUAUGAAUGAAAAGCUAUGGUUAUAUUUUGUAGAGAAAGAUUUCAAUGUAGAUAUUCAUGAAAUUCAUCAACUUAUUAGAUUGAAUGGUGGGGUACGUUCGUUAUAUGCCAAUUUAUAUUUCAAAAGAAAGAAUAGUAUUAUAAAACCAUCAUCACCCAAUCCUUUAAUCAAAUACUUUUUAAAACCAAUUUCUAAAUUACCCAACUUAUUCACGAGAAGAGAAUUUAAAACAUUGAUGUAUGGUUUAGAUGGUGUCGGUAAAACCACAAUGUUAUACAAGUUUGCGCGUGGUGAAAAUGUUAGAACUCUUCAUACCAAUGGUUAUAAUGUAGAGGUUGUCGAAUACAAGUCAUGCGAUUUCAUUUGUUGGGAUAUCGGCUUUGAGCAAAACCCAAUUGUACCGGUAUGGCAUCACUACCUUCAAGAUACUCAAGCCAUUAUUUUCAUUAUAGAUUCAACUGAUCGUGUUAGAAUUAGACAAGUUCGUGAAGAAUUUUGGAAACUGGUUACUGAUAAAAAUGUCGAAAAAAUUGUCAAUAACUUUAAACCUCCAAAUCAAGAACAUUAUAAAGUUAAAGUUUUAGUAUAUUUAAAUAAAUUGGAUCAAUCUACAUUAACCCCAAUGACAACUUUAGAAAUUACUCAAGCAUUAUCAUUAUUUAAUUUACCAAAUAAUAUUUCUUGGCAUGUUCAAGGUUGUUCAGCAAUUUCGGAAGAAGGUGAUGGUUUAUAUGAAGGAUUGGAUUGGUUAAGUUCUCAAUUUGAUUCAUAA